AUGUCCGGACGGAGUAAAACAACAGACCGGGAGAAGAACGAAAAAAUCCGUCAGUUACGCGAAGUCAUGGGUGUCAGUGAACAACAAGCACGUCAAGCGCUUCAAUCCAACGAUUGGGUUGUCGAACGUGCCAUCGGUGCAUUUUGUGAGGACACAUCGUAUUCUUCGAGAGGUGGCGGUUCCCAUCAUUCACCUUACCACACUCAGACAUCUUCGUCCUCAUCAUCAUCGACAAAAUUUGAUCGUAAAAAGAUUGAUCAGCUAUGGGCUAAUUAUACAGACUCACGUGAUCCGACCAAGAUGAAUUUAGACCAACUAUUACGUUUUAUAAAAGAUUUACAAUUCGAACCAAGUGAUAGAGAAAUUCUUAUUCUGUGUUGGAAAAUGAGUGCUUCAAAGCAAGGAGAAUUACAACGAACUGAAUUUACUAAUGGCUGUCAAGAGUUACAAUGUGAUACACUAGACAAACUGCGCGAUAGAAUUAAACAACUCAAUGAAGAUAUCGAAAGUGAUAACGAAAAAUUCAAGCAAUUGUAUGGUUACACAUUCAAUUUCGCACGUUCAUCGACGUCGAUGAAAAAUCUGGACGUACAACCAGCAAUGGCCUACUGGAAGAUGUUAUUUAUUGCGAACAACAAACCGUUACAGAGAUUCAAACUUCUUGACUUAUGGCUGAAAUUUCUCGAAGAACGUUCGAAUCAACGCUCGAUCACUAAAGAUACAUGGGAUUUAUUACUUGACUUUUCCACAACAAUCAAAUCCGAUUUUUCGAAUUAUGAUCACGAUGGUGCUUGGCCAACGUUAAUCGAUGAUUUUGUUGAAUAUGCUAAAACAGCCCAAGCUCAGUCAUCUUCUUUCAAUGUUUAA